AUGAUCAAUACCUCCCGCUCUGCGACGACCACCGCUGCCAAUACGACAGCUGUCGGAAUCCUAGAGACGGCGGCGCUGGUGUGUUCUGUCGAUCUCACACUUGUAACGAGCCUUACUGCGGUGCCUUUGCUCCAGGCACAGAUCCAGACGAUCCUCAACGCUUCUGCGAACGUCAUCGUCAAUGUCUUAGACCGCACUGUCCACGCCUCUGCCAUACUCGCGAGAACGGACAUCCCACACCUUUCUGUGGUGCGCACUAUUGCGAAGCACAUGACUGCGACGAUGGUCGCGAGAGGGGUGCUUUCUGCCAAGCGCAUACGUGUGUCGAGCCAGGCUGUGUAA